AUGUACUUGAUCGGCUCCCUGUGGAUUCUCUAUUCAGUGGUUGAAACGACAUGCCAGAGAAUCAUCGACACUGAACCCUGUGACGUCCCAGGUCGCGGGAGAUUGAGGUCGCUGGAGGUAUCUCCUUGCUCAGCGAGUCCCUGUCAACUAUCAAAAGGGAGGAAUAUCACCCUCAACUUCGACUAUAUUUUCGAUCAGGACAGUGAGAACGUCACCAUAUCGGCGACGAUCGACGUUCUUGGAAUCCAAGUCCCCGUUCCGAACCUUGAGCCUGAUCUUUGCCUCGAAGCAUUAGAGUGUCCCGUGAGAAGAAAUCGCGAGUACGGGGGGAUCAUUUCAAUGCCUGUGAGCAAUAUGCCUGUUGUGAGUUCUAUAGGUGAGCUCGAUAAUUUCAGACGGAAAGCUUCGUAG